AUGAGUAAUAUCUUUCUGUACUAUGCGAAUAUCUGUGAUUAUAUAAGAAUUUUGUUUUUAGUUGUUGGUGUCUUUUUUGUCUUCAAAGCCCCCGUCUCAUUCAUUAUCUGUUACUGUGUGAGUGCUCUUUGCGAUGCCAUUGAUGGUAACUUGGCGCGUGCCUUUAAUCAAUGUUCACGUCUUGGAGCCGUUUUAGACAUGGUGACUGACAGAGCUGGUACUACUAUUUUAAUCACUGCAUUAGCAGUAUUAUACCCAACGUAUGCUCCAAUCUGCUGUUUAAUUACCUUUGUUGACAUUUGUAGUCAUUGGACACAUAUGUACUGUUCUCUACUCCGUGGUGUCGAAAGUCACAAAAUCGUCACUAACCCAAUCCUCAAAUUCUAUUACACCCGUUCAAUCUUGUUCACCCUGUGCCUCGCUAACGAAGCUACCUUCGUCAUGUGGUAUAUCAGAUACUUCGCACAAACAGACGACUAUAAACCCUUGAUUACAAACUGCCCUUUCUUGUGGUAUUUGCUCAACUUCUUAUUGAUUAUUGCAACACCACUCUGCGUCGUAAAGAACUUAAUUAACUUGGUCCAAUGGUAUGAGGCUGCUAAGGAUUUAGUCGACUACGAGGAAACCCACAGAAAACCCAAUUGA